AUGUUACCAAGAGAUUCCAAUAAUGGAAAAAAUCCAGUUGAUGAAUCACUUCGUGCUAAUAUUCGAUUACUUGGUGAUAGUCUCGGAAGAACAAUAGGACGUGAUUUAGGUGAAGAUUUUGUUGAAAAAAUCGAAAUUAUUCGUAAAUAUGCAAAACGACAAGAUCAUGGUGUCCAAUUACAUGAAUAUUUACGUAAUCUUCCCGAUAAUCAUCUAUUACCUGUUGCUCGUGCUUUUAAUCAAUUUCUUCAAUUAGCUAAUAUAGCUGAACAACAUCAUCGAAUCUAUUCCCGAAGUAUUGAUGAUGAUAAUCAUAGUAAAGAUGAUCGAACGGGACUUAUGGAUAUAUUUCAACGUAUUAUAAAAGAAAAAUCAAAUGGAAAAGAACUGUUAUUUGAAACAUUUUCUAAAAUGCGAAUUGAAUUAGUAUUAACUGCACAUCCAACAGAAACUAUACGUAGAACAUUAAUUCGAAAAUAUGAUUUAAUUGAAGAAUGUUUGGGAUUUCUUGAAUUAUUAAAUAGACAACCUAAUGAUAAAUCUGUUUCUAAUACAAUUCAACGAACUAGAGAACGUCUUGAAGAAUUAAUUAGUCAAGCAUGGCAUACCAAUGAAUUUCGACAUGAAAAACCAUCACCUGUGGAUGAAGCAAAAUGGGGUUUUGCUGUUAUUGAAAAUUCUCUUUGGGAAGCUGUUACAACUUUUUCUCGUCAUCUUGAUCAAUGUCUUCUUGAAACAACUGGUAAACGUUUACCAUUACAUGCUGCACCUAUUCGAUUUGCUUCAUGGAUGGGUGGUGAUCGUGACGGUAAUCCAAAUGUUACUGCAGCAGUAACACGAGAAGUUUUAUUACUUGGUCGUUGGCAAGCCGCUGAACUUUAUAUAUAUGAUUUAGAAAAACUUAUUGAAGAAUUAUCAAUGAAAAAAGCUUCAGAUGAAUUACUUAAUUUAAUUGAUAAUAAGAAUGCCAAUGAACCAUAUCGUGUACUUUUAAAACAUUUGUUACUUCAAGUUCGAACAACACGUGAUUGGUUAAAAGCUCAAUUAGAUAAUAAAUUAUUUGAUAUUCCAAAGGAUAUUGAACUUAUUCAUUCAUAUAAACAAUUACAGAAACCUCUUGAAAUUUGUUAUCGAUCAUUAUGUGAUAAUAAACUUGAAUUGAUUGCUAAUGGUAUAUUAUUAAAUACUCUACGUCGUUUAGCUUGUUUUGGUGUAACUUCAACCAAACUUGAUUUACGACAAGAAUCUACUCGACAUACACAAGCUCUUGAAGAAAUUUUAUUAUAUAUUCUACCUGAUAAUGAUAAAUAUUCCGAAUGGUCUGAAGAAAAAAAACAAGAAUUUUUACUUAAAGAACUCAAUUCAAAACGACCAUUAAUAUCAUAUCGACAAAAGUGGACAAAAGAUACUCAAGAAAUUUUAGAUACAUUUGAAAUUAUUGGAAAAGAAAAUAAUGAAGAAGCAUUAGGAACUUAUAUUAUAUCAAUGGCUGGACAACCAUCUGAUAUAUUAUUAGUAGCUUUAUUUAUGAAAGAAAUGGCUAAUGGGAAAAUAUUACCAAUUGCACCAUUAUUUGAAACAUUAAAUGAUUUGGAUCGAUCAGGUGAUGUUAUUAAUAGAUUAUUAUCGCUUGAAGGUUAUCGAAAACUUAUUGAUAAUCAACAAGAAGUUAUGAUUGGAUAUUCCGAUUCAGCAAAAGAUGCAGGUCAAUUAGCAGCUGCGUGGGCACAAUAUCGAGCUCAAGAACGUUUACUGGAAAUAUGUCAAAAGCAUAAUGUUGCAUUAACAUUAUUUCAUGGUCGAGGUGGUACAGUCGCUAGAGGUGGUGGACCAGCUCAUACAGCUAUUUUAUCUCAACCACCUGGUUCUGUUAAUAAUAGUAUUCGUGUUACUGAACAAGGUGAAAUGAUUCGAUUUAAAUUUGGUUUACCUGGUUUAGCAGUUUUAUCAAUGGAAAUUUAUGCAUGUGCUGUUCUAGAAGCAUCUGUACUUCCUAAGCCAAAAUUAAAAGAUGAUUGGCGUGAAGAAAUGAAUAAAUUAGCUAAUCGAGCACAUCGUACAUACAAUUCAAUUGUUCGUGAAAAUCCUGAUUUUGUAUCCUAUUUUCGAAAAAUUACACCAUUAAAUUCACUAUCAAAACUUCCACUUGGUUCUCGACCAGCAAAACGAAAACAAGAUGGUGGUGUUGAAACAUUACGAGCUAUUCCAUGGAUUUUUGCUUGGACACAAAUUCGACUUAUGUUACCAGCAUGGUUAGGCACUGAUGAUGCUUUCGAAGAAUUUCUUAAUUCAAAUCCAGAUGGAAUGAAACGUUUACGUGAAAUGAUCAAUUCAUGGCCGUUUUUUCGAAUGUAUAUAGAUAUGCUUGAAAUGGUUCUUGCUAAAGCUGAUGCUGAUAUUGCCGGUUAUUAUGAACAACGACUUAUCGAACCAAAUUCAUCAAUGAAAAAAUUAAGUGAAUCAUUACGUGAAAGACUCGAUCAUAUACGUAAACUUGUUCUUCGUAUUACUGAUCAAAAAGAAAUCUUAGAACGAGCACCACAACUUGCACAUACAAUUACUUUACGUAAUUCUUAUAUUGAACCAUUACAUGGAUUACAAGCUGAAUUAAUGCAACGAAAUCUUAAUAAAAAGCAAGAAGAUAUACCUGAAGAUAUAUCAAGAGCAAUGAUGACUACAAUGGCAGGCAUUGCUGCAGGUCUUAGAAAUACAGGCUAA